AUGGAUGCCUCCAAGAUCCCCGAUUUCCUGGCCGAGCAGCAAGCACAAGGCACGCCCGAGACGCAGACCUAUUUCCUUACCUUUGAAGAUUUCUGGGAGCGGAAACUAUGGCAUCAGCUUACCGAUGCGCUGGUUGAGUUCUUCCGUAUGAAGGAGAGCGCGCCGCAGCGCUUGGCUAUCUUCAAGGCAUUUGUGUUGAGCUUCGCCGAUCGGAUCAAUCAGCUCAAGUUUGUGUCGUUGGGAUUGAUGGCAGCAACAGAAUGUCCUGAUGACAACGAACGGCUCGCGUUCCUCACAGCCCUCUCCAACAAGGUCAACAAGCCCGAAUCACAAGAUGCGUACGUCUAUGCGCUCGCCGACGUGGCCAACGUCAAGUUGCGACUACCGGAUCUCGAUGGAGCACAGAAGGAUCUCGCCGCUUGCCAGAAGGUGCUGGACUCGUUCGACUCGGUCGAGACCGUCGUACAUGCGUCAUUCUACAAAGUGAAUGCCGAUUAUUAUCACACUAAGCAAGAAUUCGCCUCCUUCUACAAAAACGCCCUCCUCUACCUGGCCUGCAUCGACCUCGAAGAACUCCCCGAGACCGAGCGCGUCUCCCGCGCCUACAACCUCAGCGUCGCCGCGCUAGUCUCAGACUCAAUCUACAACUUCGGCGAGCUCCUCCUGCACCCGAUCCUGGAUUCCCUGACCGAGACACCACACAACUGGCUGCGCGAUCUGCUCUUCGCCUUCAACCGGGGCGACCUGACCGCAUACGACGUGCUGGCCGGCAACAUUAGCAAGAACAAGCUGCUCGAGUCGCACCGCGUGUUUCUGUACCAGAAGAUUUCGCUCUCCGCCCUGACGGAGAUGGUGUUCCGCCGCCCGCCGCAUGACCGUUCCCUCUCGUUCGCUGAUAUCGCCUCCGAGACGAAGGUGCAGCCUGAUGAGAUUGAGCAUUUGGUUAUGAAGGCGCUGUCGCUGGGUUUGCUUAAGGGGUCGAUCGAUCAGGUCGCACAGGUGGCGCACAUCCACUGGGUGCAGCCUAAGGUGUUGGAUAUGAAGCAGAUUGACGGCAUGCGGAACCGUUUGAAGGAUUGGGAUGCGGGUGUCAAUCAGCUCGGUCAUUGGAUCGAGGGUGUUGGUAAGGAUGUCUGGGCUGCAUAG